AUGAGGAAUAUUAACCUCGUCGUUUUGGGUGACGGCGGUGUUGGAAAGAGUUCCCUCAUCAUUCAGUACGUUCGAAACCGCUUCGUUGUGAAGUAUGAAGCCACGAUUGAGGACGUGUACCAAAAGGCAGUAGAGGUGGAUGCACAACCUACCGUGCUUACAAUAGUCGACACUUCCGGGCAGGAUGUAUUCGGUGGAAUGCGUUACAAAUAUAUACGGAAAUGUCAUGGCGUUAUUCUCGUGUACAGCGUGAUAGACGCUGAAAGCUUCUCCCAUAUCAAGGCGAUUCACACGCAACUUUGUCGCGCGAGGGGGUCUCCAUCAAUACCCUGCGUUCUUGUCGGUAAUAAAGUAGAUGAGGUGAAGCACCGUGCGGUGAGUAGUGAAGAGGCAAGCAAGUUUGCCGCACAAUUUAUGUAUCCGCUGCUGGAGGUUACAGCAAAGGAUCAUUCCAUGGCAGCGGCCGUAUUCGAGACUUUAGUGCGAAGCAUCCGUGGAGAGGAGUCAUGGUUGGAAUGUCGAAGUCCUAAUGUUAUUUUCCCCCCUGCAGCGACCAUUUCAGAGGUCCGCGAUGAGGUUCACCAACUGGAGUUACCUUCAGUGGAUCUGGUAGACGAGCAUGAGGAGGAGUCGCCCGGCAUUGCAAAUAGGAAAAAGAAAUCGGGAUGCACUAUGCUCUGA